CCUCAGCAAGAAGUACCUGCAUCGACUUAGGAUACUCUAGUCGGGCCACUCAUGCUGCGUCCCCCCCUGCCCCUCCUCGGAUUCGGCGGGAAAAGCCUGCUCUGGAGGACUUUCCAUGCUAACCGACCAAUACUAUCAUCGCCUGCAACUCUUGCAUAUCGAUACCUGCAGACCCCACUGAGCUUCAAGUCAAAUGAUUCCCAACGAAACGGUGGAGCUAGUUGAGCUGGACAACGAGGUGCAGUUGUAGGGCAGCAACUGUCAGGCCAAACAGCUUGACACAUCUUAACUUCGAAUUUUCUGUACCUCUUCAUUCCUUUCCAUUUACAAUUUUGUCAGUAACGAGUUCAAAGCGAAUUAUCAAUUUCUUCGACUGAUUACAGUGCCUGUUGAGACGAGAUGGGUGACGGAAAUAACUUUGACAACAAAGACAACACGGUUCAUAACCAGGCCGGUAGUCAAGUUGUUUAUGGCAGUAUUUAUCAUAAUACUUUCUAUACCUAUGAUCAAGAUGGCGCGCGGCAUAUCGCUGAGGAUAAGUCUCAUCUUGAUCAGAAGCUCCUAGAAGCAGCCGCCAAAGGGGAGACUGCGAAAGUGGAGCAUCUACUGGACAACGGCGCAAACGUUUCGGCCGCGGAUUCGCAGGGCCACACAGUGCUUCAUGUCGCUGCAUCUGGCGGACACGCUGAUAUUAUCAGCAUCCUCUUGCGGCGAGGGGCCGACAAAAAUGCGAGAAACCGUUCUAAUCACCGUCCUUCGGAGCUCGCCAGAUUGCUUGGUCAUAUUCCCCUUGCGAACAAGUUGGAGCUGAAUUUGCUUUAGAGGAGGGGUUUAACAGCUAUCUCUAUUUUCAUAAAUCAUAAAGGAUAUUCGCUCUUAGCAAUCUUCGAUCGUUCCCUGAAG